AGGCGCGUGCUGAACCGGUAACCAUGCGAGGCCCAAGCUUCUGAGAAGAGCCACGAAGAAGAAACCCUAAAUCUCCAGAAGCUGCGUCAAGCAGGCUGCUCGGUUUGCAGAACGAUUCCCUUGGAACUCACAUAGCCGGUCCAGCCCACUCUAUCUCUCCGCUUCCAGCUUUUUCGGAAUAGGAAUCUAUCCUUUUGUCCCAUGGCUUUGAGUGUUGGCAGCCUACAGUGAAGGGGACGUAAAUGAGAAUCUUCAACAAUAAGAUGACAAGCGCUUGGACAAAUAUGAGCUUUGCAAUCAUACAUAGGGAUAUAGAAAGGGAGUGGGAGAAUCAGGGUGGACUUAUGGGUAUUAUUUUUUAUAACUGGAGUUCUUGCUCACCCUCAGAAGAACUAUACAUCUGCAAUAAUUCAGGGGAGAAUGAGGAGAUCAAAAUAAAUUUCAAAUUUGUUAUAGCUUUGGAGCAUCUUGGAGCGAAUGAGCAAUGGAGCUUUUGGAGCACCGCUCACAUGGAGGAUUGCUCACUUGUGAAAGAUUUGCUACGUUCCUCCGAUAGCAAAAAUGAGUGGCCGCUUUUCUCGGACGAUCUAUGUUGGCAACUUGCCGUCAGAUAUAAGAGAAUGGGAAGUUGAAGAUCUAUUUUACAAGUAUGGCCGUAUACUAGAUAUUGAGUUGAAGAUACCGCCUCGCCCUCCUUGUUAUUGUUUUGUGGAGUUUGAGAAUGCUCGGGAUGCAGAAGAUGCAAUCAGGGGUCGGGAUGGCUAUAAUUUUGAUGGCUGUCGUUUGAGGGUUGAGCUUGCCCAUGGUGGUCGAGGACAAUCUUCUAGUGAUCGCCGCAGUGGCCAUGGUGGUGGAGGUGCAGGUCGAUAUGGCAUCUCACGCCAUUCUGAAUUUCGAGUUAUUGUUCGUGGACUACCAUCUUCUGCUUCCUGGCAAGAUUUGAAGGAUCAUAUGCGAAAAGCAGGUGAUGUGUGCUUUGCAGAGGUUUCUCGUGACGGUGAUGGAACUUAUGGUAUUGUUGAUUAUACUAAUCAUGAAGACAUGAAAUAUGCUGUACGGAAGCUUGAUGACACUGAAUUUAGAAAUCCUUGGGCAAGAGCCUAUAUUCGGGUGAAGAGGUAUGAAGGUAGUCCAUCAAGGAGCCGAAGUAGAAGCCGCAGCAGAAGCAGAAGUCCAAGAAGGAACAGGAGCAAAUCAUUGGAUCGAUCUCCUUCAAGAUCAGUAUCAAAGUCCAGAUCAGCAUCACCUAUUAAAUCAUCCAGAGCAAAAUCGAGGUCAAGGUCAAGGUCAAGGUCAAGGUCAGGUUCUCCCAAUAAGGCCGGAUCCAGAAGUGGCUGAUCAUUUUGCACCUCAGAAUGAAAUCAUGGCUUUUCAAGUGGACUUAAAAGGAAGUUUGACGAGAUAUGUAAUAGGAUCAUUACUUGAAAAUGUCUUGAUGAAAACCUAGAAUUAAAUAUUGGCAAAUUGGCUUGACAAUUAAUUGUCAAUUUGUGGAUCCUGUGGAUAUUCUGUUUCCUUCAUUUAUUUUCUUACCCUUUCUAGUUGCACUUGUGCUUCUAUUAACUCGGGAUUUGCAACCCUUUCCUGAUGUGGGGUGUGGAUAUUGUUUUUAAUGCUCCUAUUGUAUGAUCGCAGCGAUGUGAAUUGGUGUUUAUAUAUAAUUAGGUGCAUCAUAGUGGUGGAUGUGAUA